AUGAAUUACGAAUUUGGGCGAGAAAGUGGUUUUAUCAACAGCCAGCCGUCGCUCGCAGAGUGCCUGACAUCACUCGCCAACCCUGUCGGUGAUGCAUUUCAAAGUUCAUCAAUCAAGAGCUCGGAGCUUUCACAGGCGACACUGAUUCCUCCUCCUUUCGAGCAGACCAUCCCCGGCCUGAACCCGGGCAUCCACUCACGCCACAGCCGCUCAAAGCUUCCGCUGGAAGCUGCAUCCUUGCCCCCGGAGUACCCGUGGAUGAAGGAGAAGAAAAGCAUCAAGAGAAAUCAGACUGCUGCUGCUGCUGCUGCUGCUGCGACGGCUGACUCCUCGCCUAUUUGUGUAGGUUCUCCAGAGGUGCCAGAGGUUCCUGUUGGCGGUGGAGGGGCAUCCCGGAGGUUGAGGACGGCGUACACCAACACCCAACUUCUGGAGCUGGAGAAGGAGUUUCAUUUUAACAAAUACCUGUGCAGACCGAGGCGAGUGGAAAUAGCUUGUCUGCUGGAUUUAACAGAGAAGCAGGUGAAAGUGUGGUUUCAGAACAGGAGGAUGAAGCACAAGCGGCAGACCCACUGCAAGGAGAACCGGGACAGUGAGGGGAAAUACACGUGUCUGGACGACGGGCCGGAGGAUGAGUUUGAGCAUGCGGCGGACAGCAGCGCGGCCGGGACGCUCCUGGAGAGGGACAGCUACUUCCACCAAAAUACCUUAACUUCACAACAGUGUCACAACUGCCACAAUGGAGAGAACCAAAGCCCGACGGUUACGCCUUUGAACAGCAAUGAGAAAAAUCUGAAACAUUUCCCCAACCCGGCACCCACUGUUCCCAUCUGCGUGUCAACAAUAGGCCCGGACAAUGAUCAUUCCCCGGGCCUGGACGUGUCUUUGCAGGAUUUCCACGUUUUCUCUUCCUCCUCCUCUUUCUCACCAAGUUGGUCAGAUUCGGCACAAAGUCCCCUGUCGUUAUCAUCCGAAACAUUUGACCUCUUCUCAGAAACACUCACAACAAUCGACCUGCAAAACUUGAGCUACUGA